AUGUCAAGCUCUAAUAGACUUAUCGGAAAAACGUUAAAGCAAAACUUCCUCGACGCCGGCAUUAGAUUCCCCAGGGGAUUCUUCCAGGGAAACACCGAGGACUUUGGAAACUACCACCAAUGUCUCGGCAUUGACUUACCUUUUGAAGGGACAAACGUUGGGGGCAAAUACUGCGUGAUAAGGGUUCCCGUGAGCCAGGAUCUCGACCUUCCUGGUCUUUCCGCGGCGGCGGACUCGAUCGACCUCAAAUCAUUGAAACUUGGAGCGGACUUCGAACUGAUAUUGGAGAAAUACUAUACCGUGAUAAAAGCUUACCGUGUACUGUCCGGCUUUGGUUUGGAUGACAGG